GUAACCUGAAGUUACUCAGCUCCAGACAGGAUGAACAAGGUCCCGCUCUUGUCCUGCAUUGCACUAACUCUUUUUCUGCUUGCCAAUGGGGCUCCGACAUUGCCUCCUCCCCCGACCGUGCUGCAGUACUUACUACGUGACUUAAUCAAGGUCCAAGACAAACUUCAAAACGUAUCAGAAAGGAUGAAGAAAUAUGAACUCCACAUCCCAAGUAAUACCAGCAGCAUGGCAGAUCUGCAGUGUUUCACUAAAGAACUGACCCCCGUGGCUGGCGCAUUGAAAUAUGAAUCAAAAGCUCAGACUAUUCAGGAAUACAUCAACAACAUUAAUGAGACAGUUAACAGCUUAACGGGAACAGAAACAACACAGUGUCACUACGCCACCAAGAUGAAGAUCGAAGGAUUUUUUAAAGAAUUUGUUUCGUUCUCCCAAAAACUCAGAGCAUUAACUCAAUGA